AUGGCGACAACUCCUGAGGGCCAAAACAUAGAUCGAGAUGUCGUUAUGCGCGAUGCCUCCGAGAACGUUCCACGUUUGAAUCAACCAGUCCCCGGUGACGAUGCAAUCCUCGCAAUCAACGCCCCUUUCAACGCGUCAGCUCCCAAAGUCGACCACGAAGACCCUCUCGGACUUAGCCAGCUCAAGAAGGCCGACCUAUCCUCAAUCAAGGUAGACUACCCGGGGGGGAAUCAGAGGAAGAUCAAGGCGUACUACACCAAGCAGAACGCACUCAUUGAUCAGUUCCUCCAGAGCAAGGAUGAAGAGGCCCUAGCUGUCCAAGACUUUCAGAGGAACGGGGGCAAAGUUAAAUGGGCCGUGAACCUGAGUUUCAUGGUCAACUUCUGUUUGUUCAUCAUUCAGCUGUAUGCCGCGAUCUCGACUGGAUCCCUAUCGCUGUUUGCAACUGCGGCAGACGCGUUUAUGGACCUCGUCUCAUCGAUCGUGAUGUUGACAACUUCACGAAUGGCGGCUCGUCCCAAGCCCCACAAGUACCCAGUCGGCCGGCGCCGGAUCGAGACCGUGGGAAUCAUCCUCUUCUGCGCCUUGAUGACAACAGUCGCGAUCCAGUUGAUCAUUGAGUCGGGCCGGGCUCUGGGAAGCGGCGACACCGACAGCAGCGAGGAGCUGCACAUUAUCCCUCUGAUAUUCGUAGGAACCGCCAUCUUCUCAAAGUUCUGCCUGUUCUGCUACUGUUUCUGGCUCCGACGGUAUCCAGCCGCACGGAUAUUUUUCAUCGAUCACCGGAAUGAUUUGGCCGUCAAUGUUUUCGGUCUGGUCAUGUCCAUCGUUGGCGAUAGGUUUGUUUGGUACCUCGACCCCGUCGGCGCUAUCUGCAUUGCGCUCCUGAUCCUCGUCUCUUGGGUAUCCACUGCGUUUGAAAACGUCUGGUUGCUGGUGGGCAAGGCUGCACCCAGAGAGUUCGUCAACAAGUGCAUCUAUGUUUCACUUACGCAUGAUGCCCGCAUCCAGAAAGUAGACACCUGUCGAGCGUAUCAUUCUGGCGAGCUCUACUAUGUCGAAGUAGAUGUUAUCAUGGACCCAACCACUCAGCUUAAGGACUCACACGACGUGAGCCAGGCCUUGCAACGAAAACUUGAAGGUUUAGCAGCUGUAGAACGGGCGUUCGUCCAUGUUGAUUAUGAAGAUGAUCAUAAUGUGCAUGAGGAGCACAAGCCGCUAUUCGAUCCUGCGACCUAUCGGCAACCACGAACACUGAAGGAAUGGUUGAAAGAUAUGGUGCAGCGGCGAUAAACUGAACAAUGCACCAAGUUUUGUGUGGGAAAGCUCCCAGCGAAAACUCUUUCUUUUUAGCGAAUCGAUUGGGUCUCUGCGAUGGCUAUGGAUGGCUCGCAUGCCGGCUCCUAUGACUUCUCUCCUAAUGAUAGAAUACUCGCAAAGAUUAAUGCACCUCAGAGCCGCUGAUCCAUCCCUAACCAGCACUGGAUUCUGGGAACAUCAUGUGUGGUUUUAUUCAAAGUAUUUGCGUGCUUACUGCCUGGAGUACACAAGGAGCCUCAACAUUCUCUGGAAUAAAGCGGGCCCUCUCAGUGCCCCCCUCUGUCGUCGUCUCCUGCCUCCUGUCCUUUGGACUGAUCUUCAUUCAUCACGGACGAGGUAAAACCCUGAGAACUCUUCCAGUUCAAGGCCUAUUUUAACGUUGCUGUCACGGAUCCCUUCAGACACAUUUGACAGCUCUUUUAUUAUUUGAUAUAGAACGGGUAUUACUGGCCAGAGAAGUAUACGGCCGUUUUGCGUUUGCAAUGCCCCUACCUGCCCAGCCAUCAUGGUCCCCAGCAAAAAAAAUUGUUGAUAUGCCCUUAAUUUUAUUUCUAUG